CGAAGGGAGGCGGGGCGCUGCAAUGACGCAUUGCCCGUGCGCCGCGUUGUUUCUGACGUCACAUUCGCGUGCCGGGAAGCGUGUUUGAUAGUAGCCAGCCACGCCGGCUGAGGCAAAGAGCCUGUCUCUCUUUCUGUGAGGUAAAUAACGAUGGAGAAGGCGAGCGGCUCCAUCUUCGCCUCCAUCCCCGACCCGGUACGGAACUUCGAGCGCUGGAAGAAGAAGUACGACAAGAAGAAGAGCAAACUGCGGCAGCAGCGCCGGCAGCAGAAGCAACCCGAGUGGCAGCUGGAGAGGCAGGUCAUCGCAGGCCUCCAGAGGCGCUACUCCGAGAUCAAUGCAAAUGAAAUUGUAAGAUUUUCAGAUUUCCCGCUAUCCAAGAAGACAUUGAAAGGUUUGCAAGAAGCCCAGUAUCGCAUGGUGACGGAAAUUCAGAGGCAGACCAUAGGUUUGGCAUUACUGGGUAAAGAUGUGCUGGGAGCUGCAAAAACAGGAUCAGGCAAAACCCUGGCUUUCAUUGUACCUGCUCUGGAAAUCUUAUACCGACAGCAGUGGACAUCCACGGAUGGGUUGGGAGUUCUGAUAAUCUCUCCCACCAGAGAGCUGGCAUACCAAACAUUUGAAGUUUUGCGUAAAGUGGGGAAAAAUCAUGACUUUUCAGCUGGUCUUGUUAUUGGUGGCAAGGACUUGAAACAAGAAGCCGAUCGAAUCCACAAUAUUAAUAUUCUCAUAUGUACUCCUGGUCGACUUCUGCAGCACAUGGAUGAAACAUCGUAUUUUUAUGCUUCUGAUCUGCAAAUGUUGAUCCUUGAUGAAGCUGACCGAAUUUUGGACAUGGGCUUUGCUGAUACAAUGAAUGCAAUCAUUGAAAAUCUUCCCAAGAAACGCCAGACAUUGCUCUUUUCAGCCACACAAACAAAAUCUGUGAAGGAUCUGGCUCGGCUAAGUUUGAAAGAUCCGGAAUAUGUCUGGGUGCACGAGAAAGCAAAGUUCAGUACCCCAGCAACCUUGGAGCAGAACUACAUUGUUUGUGAACUGCAUCAGAAAAUCAGUAUGUUAUAUUCGUUUUUGAGAAGCCACCUGAAUAAGAAGAGUAUUGUAUUUUUUGCAAGCUGCAAAGAGGUCCAGUAUUUGUUUAGAGUGUUCUGCCGCCUUAGACCUGGCCUCCCCAUCCUGGCUCUUCAUGGCAAACAACAGCAGAUGAAACGGAUGGAGGUCUACACUGAUUUUGUACGCAAGAAAUCAGCAGUUCUCUUUGCUACAGAUCUUGCAGCUCGGGGACUAGACUUCCCUGCUGUGAACUGGGUCAUUCAGUUUGACUGUCCAGAGGAUGCCAAUACUUACAUUCAUAGAGUUGGGAGAACAGCCAGGUACAAAGAAGGCGGUGAGGCUCUGCUUGUCUUGAUCAAGUCAGAGGAAAAUGGCAUGAUUCAGCAGCUGUCACAGAAGAAAGUUCCCAUCAACAAAAUCAAAAUCAACCCUGAGAAGCUGGUAGACAUUCAGAAGAAGUUGCAGUCCUUUUUGGCACAGGAUCAAGAACUGAAAGAGAGAGCACAACGGUGUUUUGUAUCCUAUCUACGAUCUGUCUACCUAAUGAAGAACAAAGAAGUGUUUGAUGUUUUCAAGCUACCCAUAGCAGAAUAUGCCCUCUCCCUAGGUCUUGCAGUGGCUCCUCGCGUAAGGUUUCUUCAAAAAGUUCAGAAUAAAAUGCUGGAGAAUGAACCUAAGAAAGAAGGCUCUUUACAAAGGACUGAACAGCCAGAAGAAGGUGCACAUUUUUCUGUAAGCAACGAAGAUGUAGAGAAGUGCAGGGCACUCUUCACUGAAACGGCAGUGUCAAGAGGAGAGGAAAUAAAAGAGCUGUCUGGCAGAAACGGUGAAACUGAGGAUGACGCAUCAGUGGGUACGUCUGAGAUAGAAGAAGAGCCUGCAGUGGUCAAGGGUUCAAAAGCUGAAUGCUUGAAGUUCUUUGAAGAGGAUGAGGAUGAGGAUGAGGAUGAUGACACUAAAAACCUCGAUGUACUGACUGUAAAACGGCGGAACAUCUUUGGCACAGAACCAGAUACUGCAGUCUCAAGUAUGAGUACAUCAAAUUUAAAGAUGAAGAAGAAAGUAACUAAAACAAAAGAAGCUAAAAAGGUUUUGAAGAGAAAAUUUAAAGUAAAUACCAAAAUUGUAUUUACUGAAGAUGGGGAGUUAAUUCAACAAUGGCCACCGGCACAAAAAACUGUUCAAGAGAAAGAAGACAAGGAUGAUUCUGAUGGAAUAAAUCUAGACAAAGCGAAAGAGAGACUGCACGAAGAGGACAAAUUUGACAAAGAAGAAUAUAGGAAGAAAAUUAAAGAAAAACACAGGGAGAAAAGGUUGAAGGAAAAAGCAGCUAGAAGGGAAGCCAGAAAGAGAAGUGCAAAGGUUGAAGAGGAAAAUGUAGCCUUUCUGGAUCACAGCGAAAGUGAUGGUGAAUUUGAUCCAAGCACCCUUCCAGACCCUGAUAGACACAGAGAUUCUGACCAAGAAGCUGAUCUAGAAACCCAUAGUGAGCUUGGGAUGGACAAGCAGCCUCUUGGAAAAAGACUAUCAGCAACAAAAGGAGAGCCAAAAAGGAAGAAAAUGAAAUUCAGUCUAAAGGAUUCAUCAGAACCAUUAGAUACAGGCCUUUCCCUUGCAGAAGAUGAAGCUUUGGUAUUACAUCUGCUCAACAGCCAAAGCUAAUAUUUCCUCCUACCACUCUUAUUUUGAAACUAUUUUGUAUGUUUGUAUUACAAAGGCAACAGGGCAGAAAAAUGCUAUUAAAUGUUACUGUAUAAAGGCUUGAGAGCCAAGUCUCAGCGGAUGGCUCAUGGCUAGUUUGAUUUAUCAGCUGACUUUCAAUGUUGUAUGGAUCUCUAAACUAAUAUUUUCUCAACCUUGACUACUGAAGAUGGUGAAAAAAAUCUGUUCUAGAGUAUGAUAUGCUUUUUAUACCACAUUUAUCAUGGGGUAGCUUUGUUAAAAACCAAACAAUGCUUUUUGAAUGAAUAAAUGUUUGUGCCCCCCGUUUUAAUUAUGUUAACAAUGUACUUUUCUUUUGCAAAGCUAAAUGAAGUAUCAUUUCACUGCAAUGAUCUGCUUGAAUACUGUUUGUUAAAAUUUGAACAUUUUGCAAUAAAUUAUAUUUAACCUUCA